AUGAUCAGCCGAAGGGGUAUCGAGGCUAAUCCCAAGAAAAUCAAAGCCAUAAUCGACAUGGAGACGCCAAAGAUGCAGAAGGACAUUCAGAGCCUUACCGGACGUGUCGCUGCCCUGACACGCUUCAUCUCCAAGUCUACCGACAAGUGCGUGCCGUUCUUCAAAGCUUUGAAAGGGGGCAAACAUCAUAUCCCAUGGACUCCCGAAUGCGACCAAGCAUUUCAAAACUUGAAGAACUACAUGAGCCAGGCGCCGCUAUUAUCAAAACCGCUCCAAGGAGAAGUACUACUCCUAUACCUUUCGGUAUCCAACACUGCCGUUAGCUCAGUGUUGAUACGGAAGCCAGAGAAAGCAGAGCUACCGAUUUUCUAUGUCAGCAAGGCACUCCAAAGCGCAGAGCUUCGGUACCCACCCUUAGAGCAGCUAGCACUGGCCCUGGUCAUCUCGGCGCGAAGGCUUCGCCCAUACUUCCAGGCGCACGAGAUCACUGUUCUGACAAACCAGCCCCUUCGGCAGUUCAAGCCAAGGCAUGCAGAAAAAGGUCAGGCUGUCGCCGACUUCACACCUGCACUAUCGGAAUCACCUUUUCCGAGCGCUAUCCUUACUGCACCAGAGAGAAUGGAUGCCGAGCGCUUCGACACUUCCGUUCCUCUCUGGAUUCUGCACGUGGACGGUUCGGCAAACCAGCAAGGCUGUGGUGCCGGCUUGGUGUUAACCACUCCGGACGGUAGCAAAGUCGAGUAUGCCCUCCGAUUCAACUUCCGGACGUCCAAUAACGAGGCAGAGUAUGAGGCUCUCUUGGCCAGCCUUCGGCUAGCCAAAAGCAUGAGCGCGAGGUAG